AUGAAGCUCAGAAAAAGCUGGCAGGCACAUAGUCAGGUUCUUGUAGAGCACCCUGAGGAGCACUUGCGCGUGAUAAAGGAGGCCCUCCAAGAGAAGGAAGGGAUUCCUGUUGAACAGCAGCGUCUCAUAUUUGGAACAGAGGCAGACCAAUCCACAGAUCUAAAGGAGAGCACAAAGCAGCAACCAGCAGCGGAGGAAAUCUUAUCGUCGCUCAACCAGUGGCAGCUCGACUCCUGGCUACCUUCUUGGAAGGCGAAGUCCGACGACAGCUCACCGCUCUACAUCGCAGUUGACGAGCGCUUCCAGGCAUCCCGCUUCCACAUACAGCUAAUAGGCCGCACUUCGGCAGGAAGGAACUUCGCGCUGCCCUUCGCGUACCACUUCGACGGGGCUCACGCCAAAUCUCGUCUCGAGUACUUUGACAGCUACGUGAGGCGACACCAGCAGAGUCGUCAGGAGCUGCUUGACACAGCAGUGAGCUCGGAGCUGUGCGUCCAUUUUGACGAGGGUCUUCAAGGCUUCACAGCUGUCUUCGACGUGGUGGACCAGCCUCACUGGCUGAAGUGCUUCGUUCUGCGAUUCUCCGUCCUCAUCGCAAGCAAGCUGGAUGACAAGAUUGUGCCGCGCAGCAACAGCAGCAAUUGCACAUCAGACAAGAAAGCAGACAGCAUGGCAACCACAAAGCCACCAGUGGACACAGCAACGCAUAGGAACCAUCCUCAAGACAUCCCAGAACAGCAGAUAGCAGCGGGACCCGCGGUUGGCCCCGCCAGCCUAUCGCAGGCGUCAGCGCUUGGGUGGCUUCCUCCAGCACUGCUGCCUCCAAAGGCAGACGCCAACGGCAAGCAGAAGCAGUCAAAGAAGCUCAUGAAACAGCGAGCAGGCGCAGGCAGGGAGAGGGCUGCGCCACCCCCUGCCCAGCCCCCAGCGCUCAGCAGGCAGCAGCGACUGGGAAGGCUUUCUGAUACAUAUGCAUGCUGUGCAGAUGCCAGCAUGGAGCACGAUGGUGUAUGCACCUCCUCCAGCAGCCAUGAGGGCUCCCAUAUACCUGACACAGCGCUCCAAUGGAGCAGCAUGCAUGGUGCAGAUGGCUUGGUCAGGGCGAGCUUGGCGAACGGGCAUGGCACUGCAAAGGACCACAGCAAGCAGAACGGCUGCCACACGCCGCUUCCCAUCAUGAACGGGGACGUCAUCAAGCAGGUGCUCCAGGAGCCAAGCAAUGCAGUCACCAAUGGCUUCAUUCUGGACCAGCAAGCCCUUGUCGACACUCCUCACGGCUGGCAGAGCGCACAGGACACUGCCUCAACCAGGUCCCUGGAUCUGGCAUGCGGGGAGGACAGCGACGUCACCAUGCGCUACAGCAGCCUUGGGAGCGACAGGAGCGAGGGCACUGAUGUCAGCCCGGAGCUGGCAAGCCCGCCCCUGCGCGCGCGGCCGGAGCCUGUCGAGCCGAUCAGGCUGCUCGUGCCGGGCAUGCAUGAGGCCUCCGAGCGGAGGGAGAUCCCGGGCGGGACAGCGCAUGGUGCAGGCAGUCAGUCCAGGCCGCAGUCAGGCGAGCCGCGGCGCAUAAUGACAGGGCGAUGUGUCAACAACCACGCCGCAGGAGGGCAGGGCAGCGGCGAGGUGGCAGACUUGGGGAGCCACCCCAUGAGCGGGAGUUCAUCUGCAGCCGGAAGCACUGCGGGCUCCUCCACUGGCGCCAAGCCGAGCCCUCUGGUUUCCCCUGACCGGGCUGGAGCAAGCAAUGUGGAGGCAUGGAUGGGCACCCUGCUGCGGCAACCCAUUCCUGUGUCUGCGUGCCCCUCGCAGCCUCAGAGCCCUGCUGAGAUGGCCAGCACCAUUCAGCCCGGAGGCCCUCUGCUGCCUGUGGAAGCACCGCCGGCGCAAGCUGCACCUGCCAGCCAGACGGUCCCUGCUCCCGCUGCCCCUAGUCAAGGCCCAGGGCAGCCUGAGGAGCCUCCGAGGAUGCUGUCCUCAGGCGGAGGCGGCAGGCGGCACUCCUGGUCAGCAGAUGACUUCCCAGGGUAUCGUCCUCAGAUCAAGCAGGUGCCGGCCUCUGCAUUUGCUGCUGGCGGGGAGGACUCGCGCGGCAGGGCUUGGCCGGCUCAGAACUCAGGGCAUUUAGGCCCCAGCGCAGCGUAUCGGAGGGAUCCUGUGAAUGGCAUGCGGCCGCCAGUCUCUGCCAGCUCGAUGGGGUAUGCUGCGAUGCCACCAAUGGCGAGCAGCAUGCAGGGAACGUGGCAGAUGCAGUCACCACAGCUGCUGAGCGCAAACUCGGAGUUCGUGAGGGAGCUGCAGCACAGGGUGCACCUGCAGUUGCAGCAGCAGCAGCAGCAGCAGCAGCGGGGCUUCCUGCACCAGCCUGGGGAGCAGAGGGCGCCUGUGCGCACCAGGAGCCUGCCCAAGAUGGCAGAGCAGCAGGGCCAGUGGGUGCAGAAUGGCCGCAUCCCAGCCGGGGGAGAUCAAUGGCACCUGCCCGCAAGCCAUGCCCUGGGGCAGCCCAGUUCACAGGCGUUCCCACACGAGCGCCAGCCUGGCAGCAGCUCCGGGAAGCAGGCCACAGUGCAGCACAUUGAAGCCCUCAGUCACCACACUGCUGGCAGAAACAGGCAGGAGCAGGUGCGUGGGCUGCACAGAAUGGGCUUCAGCCUGCCCACGACACCCGUGGCUGGGCACCAAGGGAUGCCGUUCCCGUCCUCCGCAGCGGCCGUCCGGGUGCAGCUCUCAGAGGGACCCGCCGUGUGGAUGGGCGCGGCUGACGCCAUGCAGCUGGCUCUUGCGCAGCACAACAGCAGCAAGCCGUCAGACGCUCCGCAUGCGCCGGCCGGCGACUCCAGGAAGCACCGGGAGAAUGGCAAAGGGGCACAGCCGCCGCCGCCGCCCCCGCCGCGGUCCGGCGCCAAUGCCCCCAUGCAGCGCCAGAACUCCACGCAGGUGCCCCUUCCAGCGCCGGCAUCUCUGUGGGGCCACCAAGCCCCACCGCUGACCGACGUCGAGCGCUUCUUGUCUCUUGCGGCGCCCAUCCUGGGAAACAGGCACUACCGAGACCUCAAGCUGUCUGAUGUGUGGAGCUUCUACGAUGAGGCGAGCAUUUAUGGCAAGGAGGUGUUCACCAUGGGCGGCGGGCGGGGGCCAUCUCUGGCCUACUACGUCCCCAGCCUGUCAGCAAUGCAGCUCUUCCUGCCCUUGCGCCCCGAUGCAGCCCACAGGAAGGCAGCAGGCCAAGUCUACCGGCUGUCCGACGCCCUGGCUGCAAAGCAUCCGGAGUGGCCGCGGCUGAUGACUCCUCUGGCAGAGCUGUUUGAGGCGACCAAGCCGUACGACAGGCCUGCUCUCAGGGAGCGUGUAGAGAUGCUGGCAGGAAGCUCCAGCGUUGGCGGCAUGCCGGGAGCCCGCGUCAUGGAUCAGUCUCUGACCGAGCUGCACCCUGCCUCAUGGAUGUGCGUGGCGUGGUACCCCAUCUACCGCAUCCCGGACGCGCCGCUGACGGCCAAGUUCCUGACGUACCACACCUUCGCGCCGGUGCCCACAGCCGCCACGCACUAUGGCGCGCGCAGCCUGGCGGCCGGCCAGCCCGGGCCGCAUCAUGACGGCCCGUUGUGCCUGCCGACCGUGGGCCUCAAGCUGUGCCACCUGGCGAACGAGGAGUGGCUGGACCCCGUGCCCUGCGCCAGCCUGGCGGCGGCCGGCAUUGGGCGCGCCAACAGCAGCUCCAGCAGCUCCGCCGACUCCUGGUCCGUCACCACCGACGAGGAGGCCGGCCGCCCGGCCGAGCGCGAGCGUGAGCGCACCGCCGUCAAGGCCGCGGCAGGCGGCGGCUGGGAGGGGCCCUACGCGCGGCGCGCGCAGCUGAAGCACCUGAGCGAGAGCGCGGACGCGCUGUCGAUGCGCGACGGCCUGGUGCCGCAGGCGGCCAAGGGCAGGCAUCACGACGACUACAUGUACUUUGUCUCCCGCUGCGACGAGGACUACUUCCGCCUGUAG